UUAAUAAAAACAUUUUUAUGAUUUCAAAAUAAAAAUUGUAAAAAUCAACAUCCAAAAAGAAAAUAUUUGAAUAAUUUUGAACAAAAAAAAAAUCAAUAUAAAAUGUUUUGUUAAAAAAGGAAAACAGAAACUACUUAAGCCGUUAUACACUAGGCUACGUAGCUACGUAUGUGUAUGUUAAUAAAAAUUUUAUACUUCAUUUUGCAAUACUUUGAAACUCAACAGGAAAGAGGUGGGCCGGACCUUAUAUUCAUAGAUCAACUACAAUAACCAAUUUACGUUUAAUAAUUAAGUCUAUUGAUAAAAUUAUUGUAUUGGAUUAAAGUUCACUAAAUAAGAAAUUGAGAGAAUUGAAAAAAAAAACUACUGAAAAUUGAAAGCUGUUUUAUUAAGUGCCAAAUAGAAAUCAAAUUAUCCAUUGUGCCUCAUAACCUUAACUAAAAAAAAAAAACAAAAGUGAAAAAAAUAUUAAAUUUUUGUUAAAUAUAAUGCCAAGAAGCUUAUGACAGAUAAGAAAAGAAAUUUAAACUAAUAGAAAAUAUUAAAUCAAAAUAUGCAAGUAAAAAAAGCUAGGACUGAAUCAGCUAGAAAACCAAUUGUUCCUCCACCACAAUCCUCUUUGCCUGAAAAUAUAACUGUUAGAACACAAUCGAAAACAAAAGUUUCAACUGGAAGUCGUAGAAAUAAUAUUAUUGGUUAUGUUCCUCGUGUAAAUAGACAAGAAGUUGUUGCACCACCUUUAACAAAUAUUUUAACAGGAAAUCCAAAUAAUGGUGCAGCAACAUUACCAAGUAUACCAUUAAUUGAUGAUGAUGUUAUACCAUGCUUCAAUGGUGGAUUACCAAUAUUAGAUUUACAAAAUGGGCGAACUUCAGAAAAAAAAUUAAAUGGUGUUGAAUCUAAGAGUGGAAAGAAUACUUUAUCAAAAUCAUCAUCACCAUUGCAACAAUCUACUUAUAAUAAAAAUGGUUUGCCAUCAUUAUUACCUUCAACUACAACGACAACGACUACAAUACCAACAGUAUCAUCAUCAUCAUCUACAACACAUUCAAGACAGCCAAAUCAAAAAUCUAGCUUUAAUACUUUAUCAUCAAAAAAGGAUAAAUCAAAUGAUUUAUCAAAAACUAAAGCAAAGGAUAAUAAAAAGAAAUUUGAACAACAAAAUGACAACAUCGUCAAUUCGAUAUCAUCCUCCAAAAAAGAAAAAAAGUCUACACAACAAAAAAUAAAUUCUAAUUUAAAUAAUGGUUUACCAAAUUUAAUUGAUGAUGAAUUCGGUUUUGGUCGAUCUUUGUUAUCUGAAUCAAGUGAUGAUGAUGAGGCUGAAGAUGAAUCAUGUAAACAAGAAAUUUCAUAUAAUGAAUUUGGUUUACCUAUUUUAACUAGUAAGAAUAAUAAUAAUAAUAAUAAUAAUAAUAUAAAUAACAAAAAUAGUGGUAGCAAUGCAUUUAAUUAUCCUGAAACAAAUAAUAAUGAAAGAAAUUCAUUUGAAUCAGGAUCAUCCACUUCCAUGAUAAAUAAUGGUUAUAGUAAUGGUUAUAAAAAUGAUAUUUCUCAAUCAAAAUCAAAUUAUAAUAUAAAAGAGAAAAAAUUUAGUAAUGUUAAAAAUACCAAUAAUAAUUAUAAUAAUAAUAACAAUAAUAUAAAUAUUAAUAGUAAUGUGAAACAUGAACCUGUGAUAACAAAGGAGUCAAAUUUUAGGAAUGAAUUAAAUUUUAAUAAGGAGACUUUUACAGCGCAAAAAAGACAAUUAAACAAAUUUCCAAUACAACAACAAGAUCAAGAAUUGCCUACAAAAAUGAGAAAAAAAGAUGAUUCAAAUCAUAUUCAUAAUGAAAAUAUUAGCGAAAUGAAAAAAGAUAAAAAAGAUAAGAAAAAUAAAAAAGAUAAAAAGGAAAAGAAGGAUAAAAAGGGAGAAAAAGAGAAGAAAAAUAAAUAUUCAAAUAAUGAAUUAGGUAACCAAGAUCAUUCUUUAACAUCAAAUUUGCAUAAAGUAAAUAAUCAAAAUAUGGAACCAUUAUCUAAAUAUAAUAAAUCAUUUUCACCGCUAGAAUUAAAUGAGAAAUCAAGAACAAAUUUUUCAACUUCAGAUUCAUUAAAUUCAUCUUAUAACAAUUCUAAUUCAAAACCUAAUUAUCCUGUAAAUAAUUUUAGCAACAAUAUUAAUAAAAGUUUGCCUGAUUUAACUAUUGUAAUUGACGACGAUGACGAUGAUGAUGAUUUCAAUGAAAAUAGAGCCUAUAAUCAAUAUAAUCAUGAUAAUAAACAAAUUGUUAAUAAUGAAAAAAUCUCCCAAAAAUCCUCUAAUUUUAAUCAUAAUAAUGCUUCUGACUUUUUUGGUUUACCAGAUUUAUCUUGUGCUAUUAAUAAUAAUGAAAUUAAUGAUAAUAAUAAAUCAUUUGAUAAUUUUACAUCAUCAUCAUCAUUAUCGCCAUCAUCAUCCUUUUUGUCUAAGCAAACAAAACCAAUAUCAGCAGCAAAUUAUAAUAUUAAUUCAAUAAAUCGAAAUAAUAAUUUUCAAGAUUUUGAAAAAUCAAAAUUAAAAAUGCAAAAAGGCCAACCAAAUUAUCAAGAUUACAAUCAACAAGAUUAUUAUAAUUUACAAUCACAUCAAUUACAACAGCAAAAAUUUAAUAAUUGUCAACAAGAUUAUAAAGAAAAUUUUGUAAAUAUAUUUAAUGCUGAAAAUGUAAAUUCGAAUUUAAAUGAGAAUCAAAAUUAUAUAAAAGAUACUUUCGAUUUAAAUAAAAAAAUUGAAAAUCAUUUUAAUACAGAAUCUAAUUGUGGAUAUUAUGAUAAAUUAAAUCUUAAUAGAGAUAAUACAAACAAAUAUAUUGGUCUUGAAGCCAUUAAAUCUGAUGAUCAUUUAAAUUCUCGUGGAACAUCAGAAUCGGAAGUUGGUAUUUUGAGCUCAUCGGAUUCUAGUUCAAGUGAUAGUGAUUCCUCAAGUUCAGAUUCGGAUUCUGAUGAUGAAUCUCGAAAAAGACAUUCUAAUAAAAAUAAGAAAUCAUAUCAAAAUACAACAAAUUUUCAACAACAGGAACAAGAACAAUAUGGGAUAAAUAAUUUCCAAUCAUCAACUACUUAUCAUAAUAAUAACAAUAACAAUAAUAAUAAUAGUAACAGUAGUAAUUAUAAAUAUCAACAAUCAUAUAAUCGAAAUAGUUAUAAUAAUAAUAGUAACAUAAAUAAUGUCGCUUUUUUGCAUAAUGAUUUAAAACUAUCAGAAUCUGAUUCAUCUGAUUCAGAAUUAUGAUAGAAUAUAGUAAUUUAAUUUUCCUACAUACAUGCAUAUAUAUUAAUAUUUAAAAAAAAAAAGAUAUUCAGAUUAAGAGUCUUUCUAUUCCUAAGUUACAUUGUUUUUUAUGAAAUAUAUCAAAUUAAUUACUUUAAAAAUA